UUCAUACAGCAAAAAGAAAAAAAGAAGAUAAUUUCCUUAGAAGAAACCGAUGAUUCCUCAUAACUCUCCGCCAUUUAUACCCCCCUCAUUAUCACUCUUUAAGUUUCAUAUCCAAAGAUCGUGGACGAAGAGUAACUAGAGAGAGAAGAGAGAGUUUCAGCUUCUUUAUCUUUAAGGAUAACUACUGGAGAGCUAAAAUUUCUGUCCAGGUGAAGGAGGCUUUUUGGUGUUUUUACCAUGAGAAAAAACAUAAUUCUUCAGUGUCUUUUACUUCUGGAAUGCUAUCUGGCUUCAACAAUGGAGGCAGCAGAUGCAGCAGUUCCAGUUACAGUUCUGUCACCUCCAGAAGGAAACACAACUUUCCUUGAUGGAACAACAUGGUGUGUGGCCCUUAAUGGGGUUUCACAGAUUGAUUUACAAAAUGCAUUAGACUGGGCCUGUGGGUUGGGAAUGACCAACUGCAAAGCUAUCCAAGAAGGCGGAUCAUGUUUCGAACCAGACACGCUUGUUUCUCACGCCUCCUAUGCAUUCAAUAGCUAUUAUCAGCAGAAUGGCAAUUCCGAUAUCGCUUGUAAUUUUGGAGGAACUGCCACUGUAACUAAACAUAACCCCAGUUACAACAAAUGUGUCUAUGCCGCCCCGGGAUCUUUAGGCUCUUCAGCACCUUCGUUGUGCAAGCAAAAACCAAGCUUUAUUUGGUGGAAGACUGUCGGGGUUCUACUACUUUUGUACUUGACAAGCUGACCAACAAAGCAGGAUGGUCUUUGCACGCUUAUGCCAAACUAUAUUCGUUUUGUUGCAACGGAAAUUUGAAGGCAAAAAAAAGGUGUUUAUAUUAGCG